UAGAUUUCGUAUUCGACUGUUGUGGAAUCGGCACAACACGCUGUAUGGUCGGCGCUGUAAUGAUUCGGAGGAAGAGUGAGAUAAAGUAGCCAAUGACUUUAUUUAAAAAAAAGUUAAAGUUUAACAGCACAGAUAAGGAGGAAGACGUCGGGACUGGGGAAGAUGGCUGCUGAGGAGAGUGAAGCUCUGACUGAGCCUAGCGCGUAUAUGCCGUUUGCUUUGGAGGAGCAGGAGAGGAAAGAGGAGAGCUGGAAGGAGCUGGCAAGGCGGAAGGUGGGGAAGCAGUGCGCGUGCAGCGCAGACAGAGCGAAGGCUCUGGUGCUGGGCUUCUUCCCCAUCCUCAGCUGGCUCCCCCGCUACCGGCUGAAAGACUGGCUGUUGGGCGACAUGAUGUCAGGGCUCAUCGUGGGCAUCCUGCUGGUGCCCCAGUCCAUCGCCUACUCCCUGCUGGCGGGGCAGGACCCCGUGUACGGCCUCUACACCUCCUUCUUCUCCAGCAUCAUCUACACCCUGCUGGGCACCUCCCGACACAUCUCCGUGGGGAUCUUCGGGGUCCUGUGCCUGCUGGUGGGCCAGGUGGUGGACCGGGAGCUCCUUCUGGCCGGUUACAUCACCGAAGGCAAUCAGACCGCCCUGGCAGGACCGGGGAAUGUGACCGUCGGCCAGACCUGUGACCGUAGCUGCUACGCUAUCGCGGUGGGGGCCACGGUCACCUUCACUGCUGGCGUUUAUCAGGUGUUGAUGGGACUCCUCCAGGUGGGCUUCGUGUCCGUGUACCUGUCGGAUUCCCUCCUCAGUGGCUUUGCCACAGGGGCCUCCCUCACCAUCCUGACCUCCCAGGUGAAGUACCUGCUGGGGCUCAAGCUCCCCCGUGCUCAGGGCUUAGGGUCCCUGGUGAAGACCUGGAUCAGCCUGUUCACGAACAUUGGGAAGACCAACGUGUGCGACCUCCUCACCAGUCUGGUGUGCCUGCUGCUGUUGGUGCCAAGCAAGGAGCUCAACGACCGCUUCAAGGCCAAGCUGAAGGCCCCCAUCCCCUUCGAGCUGUUCGUGGUCAUCGCCGCCACGCUGGCCUCGCAUUACGGACACUUCCACGAUCGCUUCGGCUCAGAAGUUUCCGGCACCAUCCCCACCGGCUUCCUCCCGCCCCAGCUCCCCGACUGGUCCCUCAUCCCCAACAUCGCACUGGACGCCCUCUCCAUUGCCAUCGUGGGCUUCGCCAUCACCGUCUCCCUGUCCGAGAUGUUCGCCAAGAAGCACGGCUAUGUGGUGGACCCCAACCAGGAGAUGUAUGCCAUCGGUUUCUGCAACAUCCUGCCUUCCUUCUUCCGCUGUUUCACUACCAGUGCCGCGCUCACUAAGACGCUGGUCAAGGAGUCCACUGGCUGCCAGACUCAGGUGUCGGGUUUGGUGACCGCCCUGGUGCUGCUUCUGGUCCUGCUGGUUAUUGCUCCCCUAUUCUAUUCCCUGCAGAAGUGUGUGCUGGCUGUCAUUAUCGUUGUCAACCUCCGGGGGGCGCUGCGCAAGUUUGCUGACGUGCCCCGCAUGUGGAGGGUGAACCACAUCGACGCCACCAUCUGGCUGUUGACCAUGGCGACGUCGGCCCUGGUGAACACAGAGCUGGGUCUCCUGGUAGGGGUGCUGGUUUCAGCGUUCUGUGUCCUGGGACGCACCCAGAGGGCCGCCGCCCUGCAGCUGGGCCAGGCGGGACACCUGGACCUCUACGAAGACCCAACCGCUUACAAAGGCCUGAACACCGUUCCUGGAACCGUGAUCUUCCGCUACGAGGCGCCGGUGUACUACGCCAACCAGACGCUGUUUAAGAAGGCUCUGUACCGCUCCGUGGGCCUCGACCCGGUCCAGGAGAAGGCCAAGCGCAGGAAGCAGGAGAAGCAGAAGAGGAAGCAGGAAGUGAAUGCGAACGCGGAGUUGGAGAGCGUGGGUACGCAGGUAAAGGAUGUGGAGGUCUCCAAAGCCUUCGUGCCCGCGGGCGCCGGCUUCCACACCCUGGUCAUAGACUGCGGCCCUGUCCUGUUCCUGGACACGGCCGGGGUGGGUGCCAUGAAGGAGCUCCUGAAGGACUAUAAGGAGCUGGGUGUGCGGGUGCUGUUGGCCCGGUGCAAUACCUCAGUGCUGGACUCCCUCCAUAGGGGGGGGUAUCUGGAGCACAACAGCAGUGAUGCAGAGAAAGUGUUUUUCACCAUCGAUGAUGCUGUCAGCUAUGCCCAUAGCCUUCCCUGUCAGAAUGGAGACUGUGAUGCAUCUCGUUUGUGAAAAUGGAAAAACAUAGCUUUAUAUUUUUGAUUCAUCAAUAUCAGUGCAUAAUCAAAAGUGCACUUAAAAGUUACUGUAAGUUACUGAAGGAUUUGAUUCCGAAAAAUGAAUGUGAUUUGGUGUUAGUUGGCAGUGCAAGGGUUUGAGCUGACAUCUGAGAUGUUUCCUGGUUUCAGUGAAACUGUAAGAGCUGGUUUACUCCGGCAGUGCCUUCUCUUCUUUAAGCUAGUGUCUCAUUAUGGUAUUAGGUGCAAAUUGCUAAUUAAUCGGGCAGCUUUAUUUAAAGACAGAAGUGUCAUUCUGUUACUUCAUCAUAGCACUCUUUGAUAAUCAUCUCUUCCUCAUACUAGUAGACUUGUUUGUGUCUUCCUCUCACGAGAGAUUUGUUUGGGUAUUCUUUUGAGUUUCCCUCAUUAGCCGUCUGUUAAUACCCAAAGGAAAGUUACUGCGGGUGAGAUGAGUUUGAUCUCACGACUACGCUGAAUGUAUGCACAACUGUGUCCAAUGUGGCUCAGUCGGUUAUUCCAGAAAAAUCUGGAAUCUUUUUUUAUAUUAAUGAUAUUGAAAUGAAACUUGUUAAAGCCAAAAGGGAAUGUAUUACCUUUGUCAUUUCUGUAUUUAUACUGUUAUCUGCUUGUUUUCAUGAUCAACUAAUCAGUCAUAUGCCUUUUAUAUGUUUUUAAAUCCAACUAAAGGGAUUUAUUUGACAAUUGUAUUUGAAAGUAUAGAGGUAGGAUUUGUAUAUUGCUUUUUCUAUAUUAACUUUUUGUCACAGUUGCACAGUUUUAGGUAUAUUUGCCAACUCGACUGGUACAAUGCAGUUGGUCAUAGCUCUGAAUCGGUCUGAAUGCCGGUCAAGAACAACAGUGCCUUAUUGCUUUAGCUGUUACAUGGUCUUGGGAGUGACUGGCUUUAUGCCAGCUUUAUCUCAUGUCUUUUAAAAGCUCGAAACCAAGAAGAAUAUUGCUGAGGAUCUAAAAAUUGUACUUGCCCAGUGGCAGUCUUGAUUGAACUUUAAAACAAGGAAGUAAGAGCUACCCUUUCACAUAGAAAUGUAAUGUCUUUAUGACUAUGCAAUGGUAGAUGUUUACACAAAGGGAAAGGCCUGCCAUAAAUACAAAUUUGGUGUGUUUUGCUGGUAUGUAUGAAGUGCUUUUGAGCCUCGUGUAAGCAAAGAACCGCACCUUUCUCCAAUAAAUGCUAGCUGACUUUAAAGCCAGGGAGAGAUUUUGGCAGACUGAAAUUCAAACCCUGCCAUCAAACAAGCCAGUUUUUUUCCCUCAGAUAGUUCUUCGAACACGUAAACAUGAUCUCAUAGAAGCACGCUAUAUACAAUAACUAUACCUGAAUAGAAUGGAAAGAUAAAAAAACAACCAAUGAGAAUGUGGACAUUAUAUGUUAAUAGUCAACAGGGAAUCUCUUCGUUGUGACACAUUUUAAAGGUGUUAUGCAUUAUUUGACAGUUUGCAUCAGUCAAAUGAUCUGGCUGGUUGCAAAGCCAGCUUGCAUCAUCAACUAUGGGGGAGGGUAGAUUGCCAAGCAGUGCGUUGCGGAGCUCGUAGUGUGGUUCAGACUUCACUUUUAAGCAGUAGGGCAUGGGAUCCACCAAUAUUUGUAUUUCAGUUUGAUUUACAGACUGACAAGUGUUUGUUUUUCACAGUUUGGCGAGUUUAGAAAAAAAGGAAACUGCAUUAAUUUGUAAGUUACAGAUGAGCACAAAUGGUUACUGAAUUCAGGCCAUUCAAUUAUAUUUUCCACCGCUGAUGUUUCCCGGUUCUUAUAGCUUCUGGCAUUUGAAGAAUUCAGAAAUGUAGUUUUGCGUAGGUGACUAAAAGGCUGCUUAUGUUUAUUAUAAUUGCUCCAAUUUAAGUAGGCCAGAUUAUCAUUUAGUCAUAAUGCUAAUGGAUAGACUAGUGUAGAGCAGCCAGAAAAGCUUUGUGAUAGGGACCGAUAAUUAGGUUUUUGCUGUUCUGUAGAGUAGUCAUGGAACUUGGUGGUGAAACUGGUUAAAUUCUUCAUGUAAAUGUUAGCUGCAGACAAUCUUUUGCUAUUACUCCUCAAAGCCAUUUUUACAAAAAUCCAAAGGCCUAAGCUUCCAUCCUACCACAGGAUCUCAGGAACCUGCUCAAAGCCAGUGACUCUGUCCAGUUAAAUGCAUGUACUGUAUUAGCUUACAAUAUAUAUAUACAUAUAUAUGUAUAUAUAUAUAUAUAUGUGUAUAUAUAUAUAAAAUAAAUACAAAUACAAAAUCAGGGCUUCUGGCUCAUGAAUGACCUCUGUUGAAUGUUUCUGUUGCAAUUACUUUCUUCCCCUGUGUGAGGGCGCACUAUACUGUACCUCAGUAUUUAUUUUGCUGAAGUGUGCCUUAAAAGUAAUUGUAGUGAUGUAAAGUUUGAGGUAUGUAAUGGCUUUUGUCUUUUUUGUCAGUCCUGUGAAGCAUCGGUAAUCAUUGUCAUCAAAAACCAACCCAAAUGAACAAACAACCAAAAUAAAAGAACUCAAAAACC